AUGAUGAAUAAUUGUCAUUCAAAUUUUGAUCAUUGUUGGUCAAAAAAACAAAAGAGUAAUCCAAAUAUUUCAACAAAUAAUUUCAAAGCUAUUGAAAAAUUGGGUAAAGGUGCUUUUGGUUUUGUUUAUUUAGUCAAAUGGUAUUACAAUGAAAAUAAUAUUCAUGAAAAUUUUCUUUGUGUAUUAAAAAUUACAAGUAAACAACAAUUAAUGAAAAAUAAAGCACAUCUAUUUGCUUUAAGAGAAAGAGAUAUUUUACAAUGUUGUCACCAUCCGAAUCUUGUUAAAUUAUUCACUUCAUUCAAAGAUGAAUCAAAUAUAUAUUUAGUACUUGAAUUUAUUGCUGGAGGAGAUCUUUUUUCUUAUAUGCAAAUACAAGAACGACUUAAUGAAGAUCAUACAAGAUUUUAUAUUGGACAAAUAAUUUUAGCAUUCGAAUAUUUACAUGGUUGUCAUAUUAUUUAUCGAGAUCUUAAACCAGAAAAUAUUAUUUUAACAGAUCGAGGAUAUAUAAAAUUAAUUGAUUUUGGCUUUGCUAAACGAACAACGAAACCAACAUCAACUAUAUAUGAUAAAUGUGUUGAUUAUUGGGCAUUAGGUAUUCUAACUUAUGAAUUACUAACUGGUGACACUCCAUUUGAUGGUGAAAAUGAUGAAGAAUUAUUUGAAGCUAUACUUCAUAAUCCUAUUUAUUUUCAAUCUACUAUAUUUACUACAAUAUCAGCAAAUUUUAUUCAAGGUUUAUUAAUACGUAAUCCAUUUCAACGAUUAGGUUGUACAAUGCAUAACUCAUUAGAUAUUCGUUAUCAUCCAUGGUUUCAACAAUAUAUAUAUUCAUUUGAACAACUCGAACAACAAUCUAUACCUGCUUUCUAUAUUCCAUUGAAUUUUACUGAUUAUACAAAUUAUCCUUUAAAAUCUAUCAAAGUUACACCACUUAUAAAUCCUAUUAAUGACAAAAUAUUUGACAAUUUUUAA